AUGCCAUGCCAUGCCAUGCCAUGCCAUGCCAUGCCAUGCCAUGCCAUGCCAUGCCAUGCCAUGCCAUGCCAUGCCAUGCCAUGCCAUGCCAUGCCAUGCCAUGCCAUGCCAUGCCAUGCCAUGCCAUGCCAUGCCAUGCCAUGCCAUGCCAUGCCAUGCCAUGCCAUGCCAUGCCAUGCCAUGCCAUGCCAUGCCAUGCCAUGCCAUGCCAUGCCAUGCCAUGCCAUGCCAUGCCAUGCCAUGCCAUGCCAUGCCAUGCCAUGCCAUGCCAUGCCAUUCCAUACCAUACCAUACCAUACCAUACCAUACCAUACCAUACCAUACCAUGCCAUGCCAUGCCAUGCCAUACCAUACCAUACCAUACCAUACCAUACAAUACCAUACCAUACCAUACCAUACCAUACCAUACCAUACCAUACCAUACCAUACCAUACCAUACCAUACCAUACCAUACCAUACCAUACCAUACCAUACCAUACCAUACCA